AUGAAGCUCUCCCUCCCCUCCCUCCUCGCCUUCACGCCGCUCCUAGGCCUAGCCACCGCCGCCGACUGCUCCGCCCCAAACCAACAAGUCUUCUCCCAGGCCGCCGUCGAAAUGAUGUGGUCGAUCCGCGCCUGGAUCUGCCCGAAUGCCUGGAACUCCUGGACGAUCGCGUACCCGGACGGCGCGUGGUGCGAUGCCGGCGGCGGCAUCGUGAGCGCGUUCUACGGGUCCUGGGAGAUCCGGGGCAUGCAGAGCGAGCAGCAGUGCUGGGACAUCACGGAGGAAAUCAUCAACCAGUGCAUGUGGUAUGACUUUGCGAGCACGAGCUACAACGGGGGCACGUGGUCGUACGGCGAUAUCUGGGCCGGGGGUUGGUUCUGGGCUGAUAACUCGCGGUCCUGUGUGCAUCCUGUUAAGAGGGAUGCGUUGCCUGCUGCGGAGCCUGCUGCUGCCCCUGCUGAGGGUAAUGGGACGCUUGCGGAUGGGUCGGCUCAGGUUGGGAGUCGGGUUUGGCUGGACUUUAGUUCUGGGGAGGCGGUUGUUGUGAGGAAGGAGGAGUUUUGA